AGGCAGGAGCUAGAAUUCGAACUCUCGCGACAGCGGCCGGAACCUCUCCGAGGAGCAAAGCGGUGGGAGCGUGAACUCUCGCGAGAGCAAGGAACAACCUCACGGAAGGGCGUCGUUGUGGAAGUUAGGGCAGUAUGUUCCGGCCCGCGCCGUCUUGGAGCCAACUGGACCCACAGCAGGAGCGCGACGUUCGCGAGCUCAUUCGCCAUGUGGCUGGCCUUCAGGAUGAGGCGGACCCCAACUUCCAGCUCGCCCUGCACUUUGCCUGGUCCAACUUCAGAUUUCAUCAUUUCUUGGAUGUUAACAGCCACAAAGUAGAAAAAACAAUAGAAGGAAUUUAUGAAAAAUUCAUCAUUCAUUCUGAUCUCAGCAAAGCUGCUAGUUGGAAGAGAUUAACUGAGGAAUUUCUAAAUGCAUCUCUUCUGAGCAUAAAGGAAAUAAAGACAGAUGUGCAUUAUUCAAUACUGUCACUUCUUCUGUGUCUGUCUGAUUCUCCUUCAAACAGCAAUUAUGUGGAAACACCAAGAGAUAAAGAAGUGGAAAAGAAAGAUGAUUUUGACUGGGGAAAAUACUUGAUGGAAGGUGAAGAAAUUGCCCUUGGUCCGAAUGUAGACACACCAAACUGGUCUGAAGAAAGUGAAGACGAAGAUGAUCAACAGCCCUUAAGUAGAGAAGACUCUGGGAUUCAAGUGGACAGGACACCAUUAGAAGAACAAGAUCAAAACAGAAAAUUGGGGCCUCGUGUCACCUGGAAAGGUGGAACACCUACGUCUUCCAGUCUUGAAGGUAUGGCCAUGUAUAGGAACAUCCCCUGCAUAGACUGUAUGUCUGGAAACGUAGGCUGGCUGGCUGGAGAUAUAGCAGUAGAUGAGCCAAAUGGCCGAAGCUGGCUGGAGCAGCAUGUUGUUCAUCAGUACUGGACAGCCAGAUCCUCAAGGUUUCCUCAUAGUUUACAUUUGCACUCCAAUUUAGCCUCUGUCUGGGACCAACACUUGUAUAGCAGUGACCCAUUAUAUGUUCCUGAUGACAGAGUUUUUGUUACUGAGACACAGGUUAUUCGGGAAACCUUAUGGUUACUUUCAGGGGUAAAAAAGCUCUUUAUAUAUCAGUUGAUAGAUGGGAAGGUAACUGUGAGAAACAGUAUUAUAGUAACUCAUUUGACACAUAGCUGUUUACGAUCAGUGCUAGAACAAAUAGCAGCAUAUGGCCAAGUUGUGUUUCGACUCCAGGAAUUCAUCGAUGAAGUCAUGGGGCACAGCUCCGAAAGCAUGUUACCUGGAAAUGGUUCUCUUCCCAAGAAGUUGACUGAAGCUCCCUUUAGGACAUACCAGGCUUUCAUGUGGGCCCUGUACAAAUACUUUAUUAGUUUCAAAAAGGAACUUACAGACAUUGAGAAGUACAUCAUCAAUAAUGACACUACAAUAACUCUUGCAAUAGUGGUGGACAAGUUGUCACCUCGACUGGCUCAGCUCAAAGUUCUCCACAAAGUAUUUAGUACUGGAGUAGCAGAAGUUCCACCUGACACUCGAAAUGUUGUUCGGGCAUCUCAUCUGCUCAACACACUGUACAAGGCCAUUCUUGAAUAUGACAUUGUUGGAGAAGCCUCUGAGCAAACUGUCUCCCUGCUGUUCUCUCUCUGGGUGGAAACAGUAAGACCCUACCUGCAGAUUGUGGACGAGUGGAUCGUGCAUGGGCACCUAUGUGACUGCGCUAGGGAGUUCAUCAUCCAGAGAAACAAAAAUGUUCCAGUAAAUCACAGAGACUUUUGGUAUGCAACUUACACACUAUACAGCGUAUCGGAAAAGACAGAAAAUGAAGAAAAAAUGAGUGAUAAUGCUAGUGCAAGUUCUGGCAGUGACCAGGGGCCCUCCAGCAGGCAGCAUACCAUGGUGUCCUUCCUCAAACCUGUCCUUAAGCAGAUAAUUAUGGCUGGCAAGUCAAUGCAGCUGCUGAAGAACCUGCAAUGUGCAAAGAGCACCACGUGCCAGGACACAGCCAGAGAUGCAGAGAGAAAAAGCUUGUAUACCCUGUUUCUGGAAUCUGUACAGUCGCGUCUUCGACAUGGAGAAGAUUCCACUGCACAGGUCCUCACUGAGCAGCAGGCUACCAAAGAGAACCUAAUUAAGAUGCAGUCCAUUGCUGAAAGGCAUCUUGAACUGGAUGAUGUUCACGAUCCCCUGCUGGCAAUUAACUUUGCAAGGUUGUAUUUGGAACAGAGUGACUUUCAUGAGAAGUUUGCUGGUGAAGAUAUAUGUGUGGAUAGAUCAUCAGAAUCUGUGACAUGCCAGACUUUUGAGUUAACACUGAGAUCGUGCCUCUAUCCUCAUAUUGAUAAGCAGUAUCUCGAGUGCUGUGGAAACCUCAUGCAAACUCUGAAAAAAGACUACAGAUUGGUUGAGUACUUGCAGGCCAUGAGAAAUUUUUUCUUAAUGGAAGGUGGAGAUACCAUGUAUGACUUCUACACAUCAAUUUUUGAUAAAAUAAGAGAAAAGGAAACCUGGCAGAAUGUGUCUUUUCUUAAUGUUCAGCUUCAGGAAGCAGUAGGACAACGUUAUCCUGAAGAUAGUUCACGUCUGUCUAUAUCUUAUGAAAAUGUUGACACAACUAAGAAGAAACUCCCUGUUCAUAUCUUAGAUGGUCUAACCUUGAGCUACAAGAUCCCAUGGCCUGUGGAUAUUGUUAUAAGUUUGGAAUGUCAGAAAAUUUAUAAUCAGGUGUUCCUUCUCUUAUUGCAGAUAAAAUGGGCAAAAUAUAGUCUGGAUGUUUUACUAUUUGGUGAGCUAACUAGUACUGCUGGAAAACCACAGUUCAGAGAAGGACUUUUAUGUGAAGAAGACACAACUGUUCAAUUUGGACCACAGAAGGAAACAGUAAGACAACAGAUUCAUCGUAUGUUCCUCUUGAGAGUGAAGCUCAUGCACUUUGUGAACAGCUUACACAACUACAUCAUGACCAGGAUUCUUCACAGUACAGGACUAGAGUUUCAACAUCAAGUCGAGGAAGCCAAGGAUUUAGAUCAGUUGAUUAAAAUUCACUAUAGAUAUUUGUCCACCAUCCAUGAUCGAUGCUUGCUGAGAGAAAAGGUCAGUUUUGUGAAAGAAGCCAUCAUGAAGGUACUGAAUUUGGCUCUCAUGUUUGCGGAUGGUUGGCAAGCAGGCCUAGGGGCAUGGCAGAUGGAAUCUAUAGAGAAAAUGGAGUCUGAUUUUAAAAACUGCCAUAUGUUUAUUGUAACCAUUUUAAACAAAGCUGUCUGUAGAGGAUCCUUUCCCCAUCUGGAAUCUCUAGCACUGUCACUCAUGGCUGGCAUGGAACAAAGUUAAAUAUCUUUAUUGUAUUAUAUACCUCAGAUUUGAUCUUCAUACAUAUAAUUCCACUAUAUGCAGCUGAGGAGUGGAAAUCUCUAUUUUGAUUUAUUUUGAAAACUGUUGUCUGCUGUCUAAACAAGUACAUUUGUAGGUAUUUUCUUUGGAGAUUAUUGGGUAGUAUAUAAAUUUAUGUGUAUAAAAUUGUACCAAUAAAGUGUAUAUAGGCUGUUUACACUUAUAUUUCCUACCAUAAGCUAUAGAUUUAUGGUGAAUUAUGUGAAUUAUGUCAUUUUGAAAUGCAAUUAUUGCUAUUUAAAAAAAGCAUUUUAAAUUCUUCUAUUCUUUUACUCAGUCACAGAAGUAUUUUUUUGUUUUGAUUUGAAAGUAAGAAAAUGUGUGUAUAUGGGGGAGAGGCAAAGGGAAAGGGAGAGAGAAUCUUUUAAAGUUUAUUUACUCAUUUUGAGAGAGUGCAAGCCAGGGGAAAGGCAGAGAACAGAGCCUGGUGUGGGACUCAAUCUCACAACCCUAGGAUCAUGACCUGGGCCAAAAUCAACAAGCUCAACAGACUGAGCCACCCAGGUGCCCCCAGAAGUUUUUUUUGUUUCUGUUUUUAAUUUUUUUAAUGUUUAUUAUUUUGAGAGAGAGAGACAAAGCAUGAACAGGGGAGGGACAGAGAGAGGGAGACACAGAAUCUGAAGCAGGCUCCAGGCUCUGAGAUGUCAGCACAGAGCCCAACGUGGUGCUCGAACUCACAGGCGGAGAGAUCAUGACCUGAGCCCAAGUCAGAUGCUUAACUGACUGAGCCACCCAGGCGCCCCUGGAAGUGUUUCAUAUAGAGUUUUACAUGCUGUCUUCCCUAAGUUUGUCCUGUAUUUGGCUGUCAGAAAAAUGUAUUUUUAUUUGCCUGGGAAGUUUCAAAAUGGAAAAUAGCUUUAAUCAAUAUCAAUAAAUGUAAAAGCCAACUUCACUUGGGCCAACUGUUGACACAUACAUUGACAAUUCUGAGCAAUUCGUGUGAACUGGCCAGUUAUAUCUUAAAUAAAAUUAUGCUUCCUAUUUAAAUGUUUCACAUUUUCCUUGUAGAUUUCUUGGCAUGUCUCUAGUACUUACGACUUAACACUAUAUAUAUAAGUGGUAUAUAUACCACUUUUUUUUUUUUUAAUAUAAUUUAUUGUCAGGUUAGCUAACAUACAGUGUAUACAGUGUCCCUUGGCUUCGGGAGUAGAUUCCCAUGAUUCAUCACUUACAUACAACACCCAGUGUUCAUCCCAAAAAGUGCCCUUCUCAAUGCCCAUCACCCAUUUUCCCCUCCCUCUUGCCUACCCCCCCCCCAUUAACCCUCAGUUUGUUUCGUGUAUUCAAGAACCUUUUAUGGUUUGCCUCCCUCUGUAACCUUUUUUUUCCUUUCCCUUCCCCCAUAGGCAUCUGUUAAAUUUCUCAAAUUCCACAUAUGAGUGAAAAUACAUGAUAUCUGUCUUUUCCUGACCGACUUAUUUCACUUAGCAUAAUAUCCUUCAGUUCCAUCCACAUUGUUGCAAAUGGCAAGAUUUCAUUCUUUUUUGUUACCAAGUAGUAUUCCAUUGUUUAUAUAUACCACAUCUUUAUCCAUUCAUCAGUUGAUGGACAGCUGGGUUCUUCCCAUAAUUUGGCUAUUGUUGAUACCACUGCUAUAAACAUUGGGGUACACAUGCCCCUGUGAAUCAGCACUCCUAUUUCCUUUGGAUAAAUUUCUAGUAGUGCUAUUACUGGAUCAUACAGUAAUUCCAUUUUUUGAAGAGGCUCCACACUGUUUUCCAGAGUGGCUGCACCAGUUUGUGUUCCCACCAAGAGUGCAAAAGGGUUCCCCUUUCUCCAUAUCCUCAUCAAUAUCUGUUUCCUGAGCUGUUAAUUUUAGCCAUUCCAACAGGUGUGAGGUAGUAUCAAUGUGGUUUUGAUUUGUAUUUUGCUGAUGAUGAGCAAUGUUGAGCAUCUUUUCAUGGGUCUGUUGGCCAUGUGAAUGUCUUCUUUGGAAAAGUGUCUAUUCGUGUCUUCUGCCCAUGUCUCCACUGGGUUAUUUGUUUUUCAGGUGUUGAGUUUGAUAAGUUCUUUAUAGAUUUUGGAUACUAACCCUUUAUCUGAUCUGUCAUUUGCAAAUAUCUUCUCCCAUUCUGCUGAUUGCCUUUUACUUUUGUUGGUUGUUUCCUUUGCUAUGCAGAAGCUUUUUUUCUUAAUGAGAUCCCAAUAGUUCAUUUUUGCUUUUAUUUUCCUUGCCUUCAGGAACGUGUCAAGUAAGUUGCUAUGGCUGAGGUCAAAGAAGUUGUUGCCUGUUUUCUCCUCUAGGAUUUUGAUGGUUUUCUGUCUCCCAUUUAGGUCUUUUAUCCAUUUUGAGUUUAUUUUUGUGUAUGGUGUAAGAAAGUUAUAUAUAAUCAGUUAUUUUUAAAAGCAUCCUGAACCCCAAGUAUCCUCAGAGCAUCAGGGACCCUCUGCCUUUAGAUACAAUCUCAGUCAUCUUGCAGCAUCAGCAUUUCCUGCAUCCAGAUGGCAAAGUCUGGUAAUAAUGCCUCCUGGGUGAUAGCCAAGGUCUGGAGCUUUACUCUGAAGUCUUGGUGAGGAUGCCUUCAGACAGAAGAUGAACAGCUGCUUCCAUGUCUCAAGAAAAUACUCCAGUAUAACCUAACAGUUGUAAGAUAUGUGAAGGUUUUUUUGAUCUGGUCCCAUUAAGUGAAAACAUUCUUCCAUUAAAGCAGUCAUGAUGAACUUGAGUUUUAAACAAUGAUGGGCUGACUCUUUUUGGUAAAGUUUUUAUACAGGCAUACCUCAGAGAUAAUCAUGGGCUCAGUUCCAGUCUACAGCAAUGAAGCAAAUUUCACAAUAAAGCAAGUCAAAUUAA